UCUCCUCUCCUACGUGAGAAGAGGAAGGUGGUGAAGGCGCUGUGUCAACAUUUGUCAGAUAACUUUCGGUCACGUUGAGUGAUGACAUUUUUCACGUCAUAUAAAAAAAAUCGAUAUCCCCCCUGUAUGUCAUUUGUUAUACUUUGUUCCCCAUAGCUGCAUCCAUAUCUGGUGAGCACAAGGCACGUCCACAGCAUGGAUGGCUUGGUAUUAUGGUGAUGCUGUCGAGGUGCGUGGCGGCAUGUUGCAACGUAAUAGACUGCCCGGCCUUGGCGGAUGUGGUACUGCUGGUUGUGGCUCACUAUUAGCUAUCACGUCAUUGCGCGUGGUGUUCUCUUCAGAGAGUCUCUUUCAAACUCAUCCACGAGUGAAGCAACAUGGUGGUGGCCAAGGUGUGGAAUCUGGUGAGGCGACCAGAGGGGACUCCCCGGAUGGAGGACUUCGCCUUGGUGGAGGAACAGUUGCCGCCGUGUGGAGAGGGAGAUGUGCUGGUGGAGGCCGUGGCCCUAAGCGUGGACCCUUACAUGAGGUACCGCGCAAAGAUCAUCCCUCUCAAUGGGCCCAUGUUCGGAUCACAAGUCGCCAAAGUCAUUGAGAGCAAGAACCCCGAGUGGCCCGUGGGGACUCAUCUGGUUCACUACGAGGGCUGGCGCACCCACUCGCUGCUCACGGCUCAGCACAUCAAAGAGAACCAGUUUACGAUAAAGCCUAUGCCGGAAAUGGGCAAUCUUCCUUUAAGUCUGGGAAUUGGCAUUCUGGGCAUGCCAGGGAACACUGCAUAUUUUGGGCUGCUCGACAUCUGCAAUCCCAAGGCUGGGGAAACAGUGCUGGUGAACGGGGCUGCCGGCGCCGUGGGCAGUGCUGUGGUGCAGAUUGCCAAGAUUAAAGGAUGCACAGUGAUUGCCUUUGCUGGCUCUGACGAGAAGGUGGCUUGGGUUAAAGAGCUUGGUGCAGACUACGCCUUCAAUUACAAGACCACAAAUGUUAGCGAGGCACUGGGCAAGGCAGCGCCAAAGGGCAUCGACGUUUACUUUGAUAAUGUUGGUGGAAAGUUCACCGCAGAAGCCUUGCCGCACAUGGCCAACUUAGGGCGAGUGUCUGUGUGUGGCGCCAUCUCCACCUACAACGAGAAGAAAGAAGAGGCUGCGACCACUAACGGUGCUUUCAAGGAAAGCUUCCUAAUACAGAAGCAGCUGCGUGUUGAGGGAUUUCUUGUGCACCGCUGGAAUGGCCGCUGGCUGGAGGGACUCAGCCAGCUGAAGGAGUGGAUACUGCAGGGAAAACUGAAGUACAAGGAGACUGAAUUUCAUGGAUUUGACAACAUGCCAAAAGCCUUCAUUGGCUUGUUCCAUGGAGAAAACACAGGCAAGGCGGUGGUGCUGCCAUAGAGAUGCCUGGGUUGUGGAGCAGCUUAGUGAGCCAAUUGGUGCAUGCAGUCCUGCAAAGAAAUUAAUGGAGAAAUUCUUGUGUUAGUUUCCUUCAUAACUGACUGAUGGAUAUCACUGUUGUUCUGCUGGUGCUGUCCAAAUAUCAUCAUAUCUAGUUGAUUUCAUUAUAGAGUGAUUCAUAAUCUUUUUACUCCCCAUUUCAUGGAACAAAUAAGUUUUGAGUGAUAUUAAAUAUGUUUUUAGCAAAUGAUACAUAUUUAGUAACUUUUUAUGGUGACCAUCCUCAUCCAUGGUUCAGACCUGAGAAGAAAAGGUUACACUCGGCAGGGAUGCUUCAUGUAAAUUCUUGAAACACUGAAGGGUUUUUUUUUGCAUUCAUAACCUUUUAAUUAUAACUAUGAUUUUAGAAAAUAAUAAAAUGAAAAAUAGAAA